CCAAGGUGGCAGAACUCAAUUGGGCGUAUUACCCGAGAUAUUUGGCCUUAGAGCCUGCGAGCGAGCAAGCGAGUUAGAAAGGAGAGGAUUCAUGGCGGCUUCGAAGCUCCAAGCGCUCUGGAACCACCCGGCCGGCCCUAAAACUAUUCACUUUUGGGCACCAACAUUUAAAUGGGGUAUCAGCAUUGCAAAUGUCGCUGACUUCUCUAAACCACCUGAAAAGCUUUCUUAUCCUCAGCAAAUAGCGGUUACUUGCACAGGACUUAUCUGGUCACGAUACAGCACUGUUAUCACUCCGAAAAACUGGAAUCUUUUUAGUGUAAACGUUGCAAUGGCUACGACAGGAAUCUACCAACUCACUCGUAAAAUACAGCACGAUUAUUUUCCCGAGGAAGAAGCUGCUGUUGCAAAAGAAUGAUGACGAAAAAUCCAUGUUUUGUUGAGGAGUGGGAGUCCCAAAUUGCUUCUUUCAAUUGCCGUAAAUUGAACUCUAUUAAUGUCUCGUUGGUGCUUGAUCUACUUAACAUGGGAGGCUUUACAAAGGAAAAAUGUUCCUCUAUUGCUUUUUCUUGUACUUCACAUUAUUGAGCAACUUGAACAGCUAAGCCUGAGAGUCCCUGAUCACUAAUAAAAAUCUUAUUGACUUCUCUAUUUGUCAGUA